AUGGUUUACGGGCUUGGCGAGGCGCUCAAAAAUCUGAACAGUUACUGCCAAGAGCGAACCACACGCAUUCGGAAUUCCUUGUCACCAUCCAGACCUUCGAUGAGCGAGACAACGAUACCCGGCACGGGAGGAAGCAGUAGCAGCUCAAGAGCCUCAACUGCAAUUCCAUCAACUCCAAACAUGGAUCCAACGACGCCAACCGUUGACGAUCCGGCUCCAAAUGCCAACAACGUUCCAGGAAUGUCUCGCGACGAGUUCCGUCAAUACGGAAAGGAGACGGUCGACUACAUCGUCGAUUAUCUGGAGAAUAUUCAGAAGCGGCGCGUUGUGCCAGCUAUCGAGCCGGGAUAUCUCAAAGAUUUGAUUCCGUCUGAAGCGCCGAACGCGCCGGAAUCGUUCGAAUCCGUUAUGGAGGACUUCGAGAAGCUCAUCAUGCCAGGAAUCACUCAUUGGCAGCAUCCGAGAUUCCACGCCUAUUUUCCGGCUGGAAAUUCGUUUCCAUCGAUUAUCGCCGAUAUGUUGAGUGAUGCCAUUGGAUGUGUUGGCUUUUCAUGGGCCGCCUGUCCAGCUAUGACGGAACUCGAACUGAUCAUGCUCGACUGGUUCGGAAAGAUGAUCGGACUCCCAGCCGAGUUCCUCCCGCUGACCGAGAACGGAAAAGGCGGUGGUGUCAUCCAAUCGAGCGCUUCGGAAUGCAACUUUGUGACUCUGCUGGCCGCGAGAUUCGAAAUCAUGAAAGAGCUCCGUCAGCGAUUCCCGUUCGUCGAGGAAGGCCUCUUGCUAUCGAAACUAAUCGCCUACUGCUCAAAAGAGGCGCAUUCAUCUGUGGAGAAAGCGUGUAUGAUUGGCAUGGUGAAGUUGCGCAUUCUGGAGACGGAUUCAAAGUUCCGACUUCGUGGGGAAACUCUUCGUAAUGCUAUUCAAGAGGAUCGUAAUCUCGGAUUAAUCCCAUUCUUUGUCUCGACCACACUAGGAACAACAUCUUGCUGCUCGUUCGACGUCCUUUCUGAAAUUGGCCCAAUCUGCAAGGAGAAUGAGUUGUGGCUCCACGUGGAUGCCGCCUAUUCGGGAUCGGCAUUCAUCUGCCCAGAAUUCCGUCCACUAAUGAACGGUAUCGAGUACGCGAUGUCGUUUAACACCAAUCCCAACAAGUGGCUGCUUAUCAAUUUCGACUGUAGCACUAUGUGGGUACGUGAUCGUUUCAAGCUGACUCAAGCGCUGGUCGUCGAUCCGCUCUAUCUACAACACAGCUGGAUGGACAAAUCAAUCGACUAUCGCCAUUGGGGAAUCCCCCUAAGUCGUCGGUUCCGUUCGCUGAAGCUGUGGUUUGUGAUUCGCAUGUAUGGGAUUGACGGUCUUCAAAAGUAUAUUCGGGAGCACGUGCGGUUGGCCAAGAAGAUGGAGGCCAUGUUGAGAGGGGAUGCGAAAUUUGAGAUUGUCAAUGAGGUCAUCAUGGGUCUCGUUUGUUUCAGAAUGAAGGGAGACGAUGAGACCAAUCAAACGCUGCUCACCCGUCUCAACGCCUCGGGACGCAUUCAUAUGGUGCCCGCGUCGCUUGGCGAUCGUUUUGUGAUUCGAUUCUGUGUGUGCGCCGAGAAUGCGACUGAUAAGGACAUCGAGGUCGCCUAUGAGAUAAUUUCACAAGCUGCCCAACAUGUUUUGCACGAUAGCGUAAAAGCAGUGAUCGCCGAGGAGGACGAGGAAGCCGUGGCUUUGGAGGAGAUGGUAGCUGAUCUCAAUAUUCAGGAGACACCGGACAAAGGGCUUGCUCGUCAGAAUUCUGCAGAUGCGGUCGGACAACGAUUGGAACGACAGCUGUCGAAAGAGGAGAUUCUGGCGCAGAAGCAGCACGAAAGUCUCGCCAAGAAGAGAUCCUUCCUAGUCCGAAUGGUUUCGGACCCGAAGUGCUACAAUCCAAAGAUUGUGCGUCAUCUCAACAUGGCAAAUCAUCGCAAAAUGAGUCAGGAUUUGUACCGGGAUAGAACUCUAAUGCAAACAAUCUCGCACUCUCAACGCCCAAACCGUCUCUCCCAAUCGCCGGGAUCCGCUGGCUCCGCGUUCUUCGAUGACGAUGAAGACAGAGUCGUGGCUGAUGUUCAGACCGGAUUGCAGACUCCGAUUUGA